UCUCUUCUCUUCGAGUUCAUCAACAAAACGUUCAUCGAAAAAAAAAAAACUGUCUGAAAGAUGGACCUUUAAUCGUUUCCAUUCAAUUUCGCAAACACUUGCGGUUUCCACUCGACUCGUGCCAACUGCUUUCGUCUUUAAAUCGUCCAACGGAGGUUGAACAUUUUCAAAUGGAAGCAUUCUUGCUCGAGGGCCGUUAAACUUCGUUAAACGGCAGCUCGUCAGGUUAAUUAAAGCACAAAGAAAGAAUGAAAGCGUGGAACAGAGAAACAAUAUAGAAGAAAGUCUCUGAAAGAGGUGCUUUUUAGAAAAAUGGAGUAAAAUUGUUUCUUUUGCGACCGAAUCAACUGCUGCGACUGAUGGCGAUUUUCAGGCUGCUACAUCAUCGAAAAUUCUCUCCAUUUCGAGUACACUACCCUCAAUUUAGGUUUCGGGGUGCCGUGAUGGAAGAAAACAUUGUGUGUGUGUGUAUCUUUUGCAGGUCGGCCAGGCCCUUGCCAUGCGAUGUCGUUGCAGAACCCCAGACUUCGACAUUACAGGACCAUGACAGCGAUCUGCUUCGUGUGCAACCUGCCGAUCCUGAGCCAUCAGGUCGGCCUGGUAUGGCAAGGAGGCAAUGGCUGGGACGAUCUUGUCAGGGAACAGGUGGAGGAGUCAACUCUCAGGCAACGUCUAGGAACAGGAAGACGUGACUCAGCAACACAAAUCACGCCCACUUCGCCGCCUAACGAGCCCCAAGAAUCGUCGCCGACAAAUCAACGUCGUCGACGGUCCAGUCUAGCUCAGCUGACGGAUAUAUUAAGGGAAUGGGGCGGCGGUGGUACUUCGGGGAAGAGCAGCCGUGGGAACAAAUUGUGUCGACGUGAAACGUUAGCGGACAUCGCGAAAUCGUUGCCAUGGUCCAGGCAGACGACCACGGAUGCCAGUCAUUUGGAAAGACUUCGUAAAAGGCGGGAAAGUUCCGUAGACAGCGGGAUCAGAAGUCAGGCGUCCACGAAAUCCAGGAGAGACUCGGCCAUUAGUGAUUUCAAGAAUGACAUCGCUAAAUUGUGGGGCAAGAAAGAUGCCACCCCUCAAACUCAACCACCACCUACCGUCAUUUCACCUACACCUCGUCGAGAUUCAGGGGAAUCGAGGAAUUCUCGACGAGGUUCCGGAGAGAGUGCCAGAUCCAGAAGGGAUUCCGUGGUUGCUGGACAAACACCCAGCCCUGGUGAACGGAAACAUAAUUGUCGCCAUCAUAGACGCAGACAGUCCCAACAAUCUGUUGACAGUGGUAGCGGUGUGAUGGCAGCAAAGUAUUAUAGGAAUGAUCAAAGACCCAGCGCCUCCAGCACUGAUAGCACAGCCAGCAAUGCUGUUAGGGAUCAUAUUGAAACUCGUAAUUCGAUGGAUAAAAGUGAUCGAUCGAGUAGCAUCGAAGCUAAAAUGCAACCAACGGUGGAGACGAAAACUGUUACACCGACCACGACGACCACCACGUCAACAACUCCUCAGAUCGAUGGAAAGAUACUCAUCACAACCACCACUGAUUCCAAAACAGCGACAACCACAACUACCACUACCGUGUCAACGUCUACCACAUUGACUGUGGACAUGAAAACCACUUCUGAGAAUAAGAACUUAACUUUAGAGACAUCUAUCACUCCCCCUACCAUUGUGAUGUCCUCGGUGACACCGCCGUCUGUCUCACCAACAACUGGUACCAAUCUUCCACUUCCUGGAACCUCCACCUCCGGUAGUUCGAGUCCUGUCGGCUCGCCAAACGUGAGCACACCGACUCAUCCUCUGCUUACAACUAGGAGAGACUCCACUACUCAGUGUUAUUACAAGGGAAAGGAGGUAUCCCCUAACAAAUUAUCAAGAUUAACACGACAAGCAGCUGCCAUAGACGAAUCGAUGCCACCAGCAGGACGACGAGGAAGUCAGCCGACAUUAUCACCAGAUCCUGAUGAAGGAGGACGCAAAGCUCGCAGAGACUCAUUGAGUCCUGAUUCUGCCUCCUACCCAAAACGUCGAGAUUCCAGGAGCCAUCUGAGUCCUGACAGGACAGUCGAUAAAAGGGAUAUCAGUCCUAUCAGGCAAAGGAAAUCCCAGCUGAGAAGGCAGUCAACAUCAAUGGCUGGUCGGUCGCCACCUAGAUCACCAGAUAGUUCUUCCUGUUCAUCGAGAGACCCAAGUCCCUCUCCUUGUGCACAUGCUCCUGCGAUAAGAAGACAGUCAACUACAGAUGAGAUUUUCAUAGCUCGUGGUUUUCGACGACAAAGUACUGCUGAAGAAAUGAUAAGAUGUCGAAAUUUUCGAAGACAAAGCUCUCAAAGCGAUGAGACGGUUCAAAGAUACCGAGGACGAAGGGACAGUUCUGCACAAAUCACUGAUGGAACAUUUGCCACGAUGACUGUUGAGACAUCAAGCACCUUUUUCGAUAGCAGUACUCAAACUGAACCAUCACCGUUGUACGACAACAAUCACUACCAUGAGGAAUGCCUAAAAUGUAACAGCUGCGGCCUGAAUCUCACGGGACCCAAUCAAAAACGGGCUAGACGAUUCAAAAACCAAAUACUUUGCGAUCUUCACUUCGCUGACGUGGCGCUGAUGGAGUGCUCGGACUUCAUGCAGCAGUUGCGCAGCUUCAAACCACAAAGUUUAGGCUGCGCAGUUGCCCGAAGAAAAUCAUCGACCACCUUGAUCUUCCCAUUGCCACCGCAAGCAUGUUCAGACGAAUUUUGUAACGAGUUCCCGCACAACCUAGUGCCCACACCUGGAUACUGGAUCGAGUGUUCCAGACAACAGAUCACCACAGAUACGAUUUGGGACGAGAGCGAGAGCGGAGAUGCGACAGACACAGAAUUGGCCGAAGAUCAACACGAAUCGGACACCGACGAGUUACCUAGAAAGAAAACUACCAUCGAAGAACAAUGGGAAAAGAACCAAGGAUUCGAGCUCACCUCUGUCGAACAGGAAACCUACGAGAAAUACUUCUAUGGAACUGAACACUGGAAUUACUUCACCAAGGACGAGGAUCUGGGUCCGGUGAUACUCAGCAUCAAACAGGAAACGCUGAAUGGACGAGAUCAAUUCAGAAUCCUCGUCAGGGCAAUCAGUUAUACUGUUCAUGGAUUGAUUCCUGCCAGCUGCGUCUUUGCUGACAGGUACAAUCGCGAAGAGGUAGUUCGUAGCCUCGGGAAAGAAGUAAAUGUAAACCCACCCUUAACACUGGGCCAACUACCAGAUACCCAAGACGAGUUGCUCAAAUUGGAUCAGGUCUUCAUAAAAUCGGAACUGAAAGUUGGUGUGAUUUACGUAAAAGAGGGCCAACGAACAGAGGAGGAGAUAUUAGAUAACAACGAAAAUUCGACGUUGUUCGAAGAAUUCUUGCAAAUCCUUGGUGAUAAAGUUCGAUUAAAGGGUUUUGAUAAGUACAAGGGUGGUUUGGACACCAUUCACGAUUUAACUGGUUUAUACUCGGUUUACACCAAUUGGAGAGGCAUUGAAAUUAUGUUUCAUGUGUCCACGUUGCUUCCUUACGAGAAACAUGACGCACAAAAGCUACAAAGGAAAAGACACAUUGGCAACGACAUAGUGUGUGUAGUAUUUCUGGAGGCAGACAACACUGCUUUCAAUCCAGCCUGCAUAAAAUCACAUUUUUUGCACACGUUCAUCUUAGUUCGAGUCAGUCCGCGAAUAAAAAGGAAAGUGACCAGGUAUGAAGUGUCUGUGGUAACAAGGGACGAAGUUGGAGCCUACAAACCCUAUCUUUGGGAACAGAAUGUCUUCAAAAAAGGUCCUAUGUUUCGUGAAUGGAUUUUAACAAAAAUUGUCAACGGUGAGAGGGCAAGUUAUUCUGCGCCAAAAUUCGCGAAAAUGCAAGAGAGAACGAGAACUCAAAUGUUGGAAGACAUUGUGGCUAAUUUGGCUAAUCAUGCUGAGACUGGACAGAUUCCAAAACCGUAUAGACGCGGUUCUUGGAGACCAAUAGGUCACAUGAGACCAUCCUCGCCGCUUUUGGAUUCUGUCAGAGACCAGUUCGAGGAUUACGAUCAACUAGCUAAAGACUUCACUAAAGUAUUCUUGAAUAAUCAAGAGAAUACCGCUUUGAACGCGAAUCUGUUCGAUGUUUCUUUCUUAGUACCUGGCCAAAAGAAGCAAAAAGUUAGAUUCACCGGUGUUAGAGCAAUUCUAGCAGUCAGAAGCAGAGUGUUCCAAGAAAUGUUGUAUGGAAUCCAAACAGGUUUUGGAAGUCCACAAGUGCCAGUUGCAGAAUUACUUGCCAGACCAGCACCAAGUUUGUUGAGUCCUAAAAAGCCAAGAAGUUCCAAUUUCCUUCAAGUUCCUGAUAUGGAAAGUCCAAGACCCAAAAGUGUGCCCUCGUCGCCAAUGGUGAAACGAGCAUUCUCGAGGCUGGGUACGAUCACGGCUGGAUGGGGAAGAAGUAUCCGGAAACACGGAAACACGUUACAGAGCGAGGAUCGGAAACGUUGGUCUAGCUCACAGGAUUGCAGCAAUAAAGAAGCGAAGGAGAAGGAAAAGGCAGCUCAACAAUUGGCGGUACCAAGACUCAGUGUUUGCGCGGAUGCACAAAAGGUUGAUAGAGCGAAACUGGCACAAACCGAGUUCGAUAUCAUCGAGUUCGAUCCAGAAACUUUCAGAAUCCUCCUCGACUACCUGCACACUGGUUCCUGUCCACUAACCUGCAGCAACAUACCAGGACUGAUCUGUGCAGCAGAACAUUACGACCUACCCGAGCUUCUUCAAGCGUGUUUCCAUCACGCAAAACAGUUCCUGCGAAUCGAGAUCGUCUGCGUGAUGCUUUGUGCAUUAGAGAAUUAUUGCUGGCGUUAUACGUCCGCUUCGGAGUUGGUCAACAUGAUCCUUGCAUUCAUCGAGACGAGAGCGUAUCAGCUCUUUCAGAAUCCUGGUUUUCUUACAUUAAGCGAAUCAAUGGUACAGAUGAUCAUGUGCAGAGGUUUGGAAGUUGGUGAAAUUAAAAAAUUCGAGGCUAUGUUGAACUGGGCGAAUCAUAGGAUAAAAACGAAGACCUCGAAGGAAAAUGCGAAGUCAGAGUUCACAUGCAUCAUGGAGAGGCUGUGCAGAGAUCUUAAAUUACAUAGGAUAACACCUCACGAGCUCAUUAGGAUCGUUUUGCCAUCAAAAGCGAUCAAAAACGAAAGGAUCCUUGAAACCCUAAUGCAACAAGCAAACUCUGGCAUGUAUAGAAACGUUGACAGCUAUUUGGAAGCUUAUCAAAACAAUGUAAAAAAUCAAGAAAGUUUCGAUCGAGGAAUGUAGAUCACAUAAGACGGUGAAUCAAUUUCUAACAAAGCAUUCUUCAGAAAUCAUACCUGAGAAACGAAUUCCAACCACAACUUCACAAAAAUCAGAGUAAUAAUGGUGAUGUUCAUCUCAGAGAGCAUAAUGUUUCAACCAAGAAGGACUGUUCGACAAGUCUGGGGUUAAAUAAUUAUUCCAGAAAUGUUCUCACUGUUCAUCGAGUGAAAGUUCGUUUCGAAGACGAACUCGCGACGACUGAUGAAUGUAAUUAAAUCUGUAGACACGAUCGUAGAAAAGGUGAAAAAUCGGGGAGACUCGAGUCGGAUUCUUCCAAUCAUGUGAUUCACAGAUACGACUUACGUUGAAAAGAGACUGGAUCUAGGAUAGAAUAGUCCAAUAAAAAAAGUAUUGAUCGAAAGAAAUUCUUGAAUUUCUUUCUACAAAGUUUGAAAUCCUGGAAAUUCUUGAAUGAAGAAUAGUUUAAACUAGCUAAAUUCUUCAGGACAGGAAAAGUAUUAGAAAAAAAAGAAAAAAAAAUACGAUUUGCAUCAAUUAGAAAAUUGAGAGAGAAGUAAAGCUUCGCCGAAAGCGCGAAGCAGAAUAGAAAAAAAGAGCACAAAUUUCAUAUCUAUUUAAAGAAUAAGGUAAGUUCGACGAGCUGAGAGUCCUUAGUCGAAGCGGAUAAUUACUAUAAUUGUGCUUCGUUUGUGGCGAACGAUGUUGAAAGUACUCUAGCCACUGGUACCUGUCACUGCGAAUAACACGAAAAGAAAAGUUUUUCGCAAGCAGCGAUCGUUUUCAUCUGAAAAGAUGAGAAAAUAAGGUUGUAUUCGAGGCUGAAACGAUUUCACGGCACUCUGAUGCCGAACAUGACAAUCUGUAUCAUAAAGAACAUAUAAAGAAAGAAGAAGAGGAGAAAUUUGAAGGAAGAGAAAGGUUAAUUGAUAAUACGAUAAACCUAACGAUUAACUACUUGGUAAGCUUGAAUGAAUUUAACUAUAUAAAUACAAUAUAUAUAUACAUAAGGGCGAGGUUAAGAUAACAAUAAUACUGAUAGAUAAGAUGAAUAAUAAAUAGUAAUAAUAAUUUAACGAAAAAGAGAAAAAUUGAAAAAAAAAAAA